GCUGCUGGGCGGCGGCGGCCUGCUGGCGCCGCACGCGCCCCCCAGCCCGCUGCCCACGCCCAGUCCGCCCGUGCCUUACCCCAUGGUUAUGAAGGACCAGCGCCUAAGUCGGGACGCGAUGAAGAGGUACCUGGAGGGCGGUCACAGCGACCAGGUGGUGGUGGUGCUACAUGCCAAGGUGGCGCAGAAGUCGUACGGCAACGAGAAGCGCUUCUUCUGCCCGCCGCCCUGCAUCUACCUGUACGGCGACGGCUGGCGGCGAAAGAGGGAGCAGAUGCUGAAGGAGGGCGAGUCGGAGCAGGGUGCCCAGCUGUGCGCCUUCAUCGGCAUCGGCAGUGCGGAUCAGGACAUGCAGCAGCUCGACCUCAACGGCAAGCACUUCUGCGCGGCCAAGACCCUGUUCAUAUCCGACUCGGACAAGCGGAAACAUUUCAUGCUCAGCACAAAGAUGUUCUACGGAAAUGGAAUGGACAUUGGGGUGUUCCACAGCAAGAAAAUCAAAGUGAUUUCGAAGCCCAGCAAGAAGAAACAAUCGCUGAAGAACGCCGAACUGUGCAUAGCCAGCGGCUCCAAGAUCGCGCUGUUCAACCGACUGAGGUCACAGACGGUCAGCACGCGCUACCUGCACGUGGAGAACGGCAACUUCCACGCAUCGUCGGCGCAGUGGGGAGCCUUCACCAUCCACCUUGUGGACGAGGGCGAGUCGGAGUCGGAGGAGUUCACCGUGCGCGACGGCUACAUCCACUACGGCGCCACCGUCAAGCUGGUCUGCUCAGAGACGGGCAUGGCCCUGCCGCGCCUCGUCAUCCGCAAGGUGGACAAGCAGAUGGCGCUGCUGGACGGCGACGACCCCGUCUCGCAGCUGCACAAGGUGGCCUUCUACAUGAAGGACACGGAGCGCAUGUACCUCUGCCUCAGCCAGGAGCGCAUCAUUCAGUUUCAGGCGACGCCGUGUCCCAAGGAGACCAACAAGCAGAUGAUCAACGACGGCGCCUGCUGGACCAUCAUCUCGACCAGCCGCGCCGAGUACAGCUUUCACGAGGGCAUGGGCCCGGUCCGCGCGCCCGUCACGCCCGUCCCCAACGUGCACAGCCUCCACCUGAACGGUGGAGGCGAGGUGGCCAUGCUGGAGCUGACGGGGGAGAACUUCGUGCCGACGCUGCGCGUCUGGUUCGGCGAAGUGGAGGCCGAGACCAUGUUCCGCUGCGGCGAGUCCAUGCUGUGCGUGGUGCCCGACAUCUCGGCCUUCAGGGGCAACUGGCAGUGGGUGCGUCAGCCCACCAACGUGCCGGUGUGUCUCGUGCGUAACGACGGCGUCAUCUACUCGACGGGCCUGACGUUCACCUACACGCCGGAGCCGGGGCCGCGGAGCGGUGUGUUCGAUUGA